AAAUAUGUCAAUUUUGACCUUGAAUGACCGAGUUACUACUAAAGUACGAAAAGGCAAAAGUUUGGUAAAGAGCGCGCUCUCGAAUGAAUCAAUGUCGAUAUGAAAAUGACAACAGAAAUAUAACGCAGUCGGCACGCACAAACAGACCCACCCCAACAGCGCUAAAGUCCAUUCUUCUUAUCCAAUCCACAAACUCUUUGAUUUUCCCAACCCCUUUCCAAACCACUGCAAUUCUUUCUCCAACCAUGUCCUCUUUCAGGUGACAGAUCUGAGUUCUGAAUCUCUUAAAUGCUUAUCUGUAGAUAUGUUCCACCUUGGCUCUGUCAGAUUCUCGCUUGCAUGGGAGGUUGUCUUGGAUGUUUCUCAAAACCUCUUGAAAUUAUCUUGAGGGGCGAGGCCGAUGAAUCUAAGGGACUAAAAACUCAAGCUCAAACAAUGAACAAAGACAACAGAUCAGAAGAUUUUUGGAGCAGCAGUGCUAUUGAAUUGGAUCACAGUGCAACUCAAUCCCAGAGAAGCAUCUCAUCGAUUGUCAUGUCAAACCAUCCUUCUGAUCCUCAAAGUAGUGAUGGAAUUCAGACUGACCCUCCAGAGUUUGUUAAUCAUGGUCUUCUUCUGUGGAACCAAGUAAGACAACAGUGGAUUGGAAAUAGAAAACCCGAGCGAAAGACACAAGUUGGAGAACCCAAAAUAAGUUGGAAUGCCUCGUACGACAGUUUUCUUGGAACCAGCAAGCCUUUUCGCCAUCGUAUUCCUCUUGGAGAAAUGGUUGACUUUCUUGUUGAUAUAUGGGAACUAGAGGGCAUGUAUGAUUGAACUGACAAAUCAGGUUUUUGGAGAAGAGGGAAGGUGUGGUAUUCAUCCUCCUAAAGUUUUACUGGAAAGUUGUAAAUGGGGUAACUCUUUUUAGUUUUUUUGUUUUCUUUUUGGGGCUAAGAUUACAUUAGUUGUGUGAUGCUUUCUGGUUUUCUAUUAACAAAUCAUUUACACCAAAGGAGAUAUGUUUUUUUAUGCAUUUGAUGCAGUUGAUGUUCAUAGGCCGAUCAAAAUUGAACAGCUCAUAUUUUAUGAUGUUUCAGUAUAAAAAAUUUAAAAAUAUUAUCAUCCUUA